AUGGCAGCACCUGAGGACGUUUAUUCAUCAAUACCUCUUAAUGAACGAGCAACACAUAAGAUUUGGAAAGUUCGGGUUGAAGCUUAUGAAGAACUUGCCAAAUUAUUUAAAAAUUCAGAUAGCGAAAGCGACUUUAGGUUUUAUGAGGGCUUAAUGAAAAACAUUGCGACAGACUCUAAUGCCGUCGCUCGAGAAGCUGGUUUAACGACAUUGAAUGCAUUUGUUGAUAACGCACCAAAUCCAUUAAGGACCAGGGCUUCUAUUAUACAGGCCGUUGUUGAUAAGAGUUUCGGCUCAAGCCGUUCUGGAACAAAAUCUAAAGCAAUAGAACUCAUACUGUUAUAUAUAGAAGUUGAUAUUCCAGAUCCUAUAGUGGAAAUUGUCCUUGCUGGAUUAAAUGCCAAACAACCUAAAUUGGUUGCCACAGCUGUUCAUGCACUUAAGGAGAUAAUUAGACUUUACGGUGCAAAAACAGUGAAUGUUAAGCCUAUUCUCAAAACUAUACCAAAAAUAUUUGCACACACGGAUAAAGAUGUGAGAAGUGAGGGAACACAAUUAGUAAUAGAACUUUAUAGGUGGUUGAAUAAAGCAAUAGUUCCACAUUUAUCAGAAUUAAAGCCAGUACAGAUCAAAGAAUUGAAUGAGACAUUUGACAAAUUACCACAAGAAAAACCUCAACAGGAACGAUUAUUACGUUCACAAGUAGCUGCAGCAGAGGCAGUGGCUGAAGCUGAUGGAGGUGAUGAAGAUGAAGCAGACGAGGAGAAAGAGAUUGAUACAUAUGAUUUAGCAGAACCAGUUGAUGUUCUAUCAAAAUUGUCCAAGGAAUUCUAUACUGGAUUGGGUUCUACCAAAUGGAAAGAAAGGAAAGAAGCUCUGGAGGGUUUAUUAGAAGUCUGUAAGACACCGAGGAUCGUGGAUGAUAAUUAUUAUGAUUUAACCGCUGCCCUUGCAAAGGUGUGA